UGCAUUUUAUUUAAGCAAAAGGUGAGAGAAUAAGAUUUAGUGAGGGGGAUAUAAUCGCACGUAAAAAUCAAGUUUAAAGGCUUUUGUGAGUUUUUAAGCAUUUUGUUAAUUGAAGCAAAAAUAAGCCAACCAAAAGAAGGAAAAGAAGCGGGUUUUACGGGAAAAAGUCUGUUGGAACGACACGUGGCGAUGGACUGACCGUUAGAUGGAAACCUGAAGGGGAGCAGGCAACGGUUGAUCAUUGGAUAUUUGAGAUGACAUCCCUUGGCCAACGAAGAGUAGACUGAAAUGAAAGAGAGAGUGUAACUAAACUGUUUAUAGAUGGAAAAGAAAGAGAGGAAAGGGUGAGAGGAAGUUCUUUUUUAUUUAUUUAUUUUAAUUUUAAUUCUCAAGUAUAAUUUUCGUUUUUCUUUUUUUGUCUUUUCUCUUUUGGGUGUUGGUUUGUUCAUCAGAGAAAAAACCUGCAAGAAAUCAGAGAAAGAUGGGUUAUGGGAAGAGACUUAAAUUGGGUUAGCAGAAGAGAGAGAGGGAAAGGCAUGGCGGCGUUGGCAGAAAAGAGAGCUGUAAAUUCUUGGGUUGUGUCUUAAUUAAAUGCUUUUGCAACAACAAGAAAAACAAGUUGAAGCCAGGGCAGAGGGCACGGGCAAAGCCAGCUGCAGCAGCAAAACGAAAUUGUCAAAGAAAGGAAAGGGAAGGACUUCGAAGACUGAAGAGUGAGAGAUCACUAUAUUUGUUGGAAGUAACUACUACAGAACCUGACGUGGUGUCCUCUUUUAUUAAUCCAAAACCAGCUUUUUUUCUUGCAAUUAGGGACACCAACGCCAACAAGAAAACAACACAAAAAAACUCAGUUUCAGUUCUUGUUUUGGUUUUUUUGGGAAGGGGGUGGUGGUUAAGUUUAAUUAUUAGAUGAUAGUAUAAGCAUAAACACGUACAAAAGGAGAAGAAUUGCCAAUAGCCAUUUGGAAAAGAGUACCCAUUUGGAAAAAUUGGGUUCUAAAUCAAAAGAGAGAGGGGAGUUUCUGAUAUGGAUUGUCAGUUACAAUUGAGGUCUGGGAGAGGUUUAGAGGAGGAACAAUGGCUGGGAUUUUCUCACUAGGAGCAAGAGGAAGCAACAGCCAAGAAGAUCACCAAAACAAUCCACCAACAGAAAUUCAACCCGAGAGCUGGUUUUGGUACAAAAAUGAGGACAUUUCUUACAAGGGUUUUGAACUAUGGCAACAACAAGAACUUUUCCAACGCCACCACAACAGCAGCAAUAACCCGCAAGACCAACAACAGCAAGAUCUUUAUUCAUCAGCAGCUGUGUUAGGAGUUGGACCUAGCAGGAACUCAAUCAACGUCUCUGAUGAUUCCUCCUCGAGAUCGGCUUUCAUGAUGAUGAGAAGUAGUAGUGCAGGAAGAGGAGGAGGAGGAGGAGGAGGAGGCAUGAGUUGCCAAGAUUGUGGUAAUCAAGCUAAAAAAGAUUGUCUUCACAUGCGGUGUCGAACUUGUUGCAAGAGCCGAGGAUUUGAUUGCCAAACCCAUGUUAAAAGUACUUGGGUUCCUGCUUCCAAGCGCCGUGAAAGGCAACAACAACAGCAACUUCAGCUUCGUGGAGAGAAUCCCAAAAGACAGCGAGAGAAUCCAACAUCCUCUUCUCUUGCCUGCACUCGUUUACCCACAAACGCGUCUGGGUUAGAACUGGGGAAUUUUCCGGCAGAAGUGAGCUCUCAAGCGGUGUUUCGGUGCGUGAGAAUGAGUAGCAUUGAAGAUGCUGACGAUCAGUAUGCUUACCAGACGGCUGUGAACAUUGGAGGGCACGUUUUCAAGGGAAUUCUUUACGAUCAAGGCCUUGAUAGUGGCCAUAACAACAUGGCAGCAACAGCAGGUGAGAGUUCUUCUGGUGGUGGGGUUCAACCACUUAAUCUUAUCACUGCUGGCCCUACCGCCGCCACCAACAUGGCUGCCAUUGCAGCUAACGCCAGUGGCGGUAGUGUAACUGCUGCUGCUUCUUCAUCAACCGCCGCAUAUUUAGAUCCUUCCUCUCUAUAUGCAACUCCACUCAACACUUUCAUGGUUGGUACGCAGUUUUUCCCAAAUCCAAGAUCUUAAAAACACACCCCACUGUCUUUUUCUUUCUUCUACGUCUCUUCUUCUUCUUUUUGUUUCUUGUUUCUCUGAUCUUGUCAACUUUCUUGACGAUAAUGAAGUACUACAACAUUUGAUACCCACCAUUGAAGUAGGGAGUUGUUAAAAGGGUUAAAGGAAAAGAUGGGAGAGAGAGAGAGAAAUACGGAAAUGCAGGAGAUGUGUUUUUUUUUUUUUUUUUGUGCAAAUU